CCACUACGCCUGCCCCUCUCCUCUCGCCGUCGCCGUCCCGUGUCCUACUCCUCCCUCUCUCUCGCGUCUUCAAAGCCUCCGCCACUUGACUCGCGUGGUCCUCCACUCCUGCUCCCGCCCCCCGCUCCUCAUCUUCUCGCGCCCCGGCUGCGCGCCGCGCCGCGCCCCCAUCCAUCCUUCGCCCGACCCGCCGCCGCCUCCCACUCUCUAGCUGGGCCGGCGGCUCGAUGGCGUUCAACUACCACGACCACGCGCUGGCGAUGGACCCCGCCGCGGUUGGGGCCGCGGCCGCGAACCCUAGCUUUGUCUCCGGGGGUGGUGGUGGUGGUGGCGUGGCCGGUGGGGGGCCCGGCUGGGAGAGGGAGAAGGCGGCCAUCGCGGCGCACCCGCUGUACGAGCGCCUGCUCGAGGCGCACGUCGCCUGCCUCCGCGUCGCCACCCCCGUCGACCAGCUCCCGCGCAUCGACGCCCAGAUAGCGGCCAGGCCCCCGCCCAUGGCGGCCGCCGCAGCGGCGGCGGCGGCGGGCGGAGCGCACUCGGGAGGCGAGGAGCUCGACCUCUUCAUGACGCAUUAUGUGCUGCUACUCUGUUCAUUCAAGGAGCAACUCCAGCAGCAUGUGCGUGUUCAUGCGAUGGAAGCAGUCAUGGCUUGCUGGGAGCUUGAACAAACUUUACAAAGCCUUACAGGGGCAUCUCCUGGUGAGGGCACUGGGGCAACUAUGUCUGAUGAUGAAGACAAUCAGGUAGACAGUGAGAGCAACAUGUUUGAUGGAAAUGAGGGGUCAGAUGGAAUGGGAUUUGGACCAUUAAUGUUGACUGAGGGUGAGAGAUCCUUAGUUGAGCGUGUCCGGCAGGAGCUAAAGCAUGAGCUUAAGCAGGGGUACAGAGACAAACUUGUGGAUAUUCGGGAAGAGAUAUUGCGGAAGCGAAGAGCUGGGAAACUCCCUGGCGACACUGCUUCUACCUUAAAAGCUUGGUGGCAAGCUCAUUCUAAGUGGCCAUACCCAACUGAGGAAGACAAGGCUCGACUGGUGCAGGAAACAGGGCUACAACUGAAGCAGAUCAAUAACUGGUUUAUCAACCAGCGUAAGCGGAACUGGCACAACAAUCCGGCGUCAUCCUCGUCGGACAAAAGCAAGAGAAAAAGGAGCACUGCAGGUGAUGGCAACGCAGAACAAUCCUGGUAGUGCACUGUUGGGGAACAAAUUAUAUGUAAAUAAUAAUGCUUCUACUGUGAAGAGUGUCAUCAUAUUUGUUGCUCCAGAAACGACCCUUCAGACCGCCGUUUCCUGAGCCCAUAUUCAUAUAAAGACAUCACACGAUGAAUAAUGUUGCAAGUAGUCACAUAAACUAAAUAACUUGUAUAGUGAAUGACUAGAAACUAGCAUUCAUCGUUUGGUACUGUAUAGUACUAUAGUGUAAUUGUUUGGUCGGACUGUCUCUUGUAUAAUGGUGUAAGGUUCAAAUGUACUUUGACCUAGCAUUCGAUGUUGUAUUUUGUGAUGUAAAAACCAUGGAGUGUAUUUGGAUUCGUUUUGUGUUUUAUGUGGAAUAGAGACACUCUGCUAGUGUUGCCCUCA